AUGCAGACAGGAUGGAGCAAAAUUGUUCGUUUGGCUGCCUUAAGUGCUGCUUUGCUAAAAGAGCACCCAAUCUCUGUCUGCAGUGUGGUGCUAAAAUUCUACCAGCACAUCCUGGCCUUGGUGUUUGCCAUAAAUGAGAUCAACGAGAAUCCCAGCAUCUUGCCCAAUGUCACCCUUGGGUUCCACAUCUGUGACAGCUACUACGACACAAGGAUGACUUAUCGGACCACUAUGGACCUGCUCUUCAAAUUCAGAAGAUUUGUCCCCAGUUACAAAUGCAACACCCAGAAAAACCUCAUAGCUGUCAUUGGGGGACUUGGUUCUGAUGUCUCCUUCCAUAUGGCAGAACUCUUAAGCCUAUACAAGUAUCCACAGCUCACUUAUGGUUCAUUCACCUCUGAGCAGAGUCAUACAACACAGUUGCCUUCCUUUUACCAUAUGGUCCCAAGUGAAGCGAACCAGUACAUUGGGAUCAUUAGCUUGCUGAAGCAUUUUGGUUGGACCUGGAUUGGGCUCUUUGCUGUGGAUAAUGACAGUGGAGAACAUUUCACACAGGUCCUGGAGCCAUUGCUUUUUCAGAAUGGAAUCUGUUCAGCCUUCACACAAAUGAUUCCAAAACAAAACAAUGCACUGAAUCUCAAUGCAGUUAACAUAUUAGCCUCUCUUAUUUAUCUAGCUUUCUCAGAGAGCAAAGCCACUACCUUUGUCAUCUAUGGAGAUUCUACGACCAUUCUAUGGGUGAAUACAUAUGUGCUCAUAGGAGUUCCUAGCUACAAUGAAAGAACAUCACUUGGAAAGGUGUGGGUUAUGACAGCCCAGCUGGAUUUUACAUUAACAGGCCUUCAGAAUGGAUGGGAUUUUCAAUUGUUUGAAGGCGCCCUGUCCUUCACAAUUCACUCUGACGAGAUUCAAGGAUUCAAGGAAUUUCUUCAGAUCGCAAAACCUGGCUGGAAUCAAGAAGAUGGCUUUCUCAAGGACUUCUGGGAGCAAGCAUUUGACUGUUCAUUUCCAGACCCCCAGGAGCUGAUAGAGCUGCACCCAUUUCUUGAAAGCAUUUUGUUUAAUAACUCAGUUGGAGAAGCAAUCUUUUUUCAAGAUAACAGGGAGAGGAGAGGUGGAUUUGACAUAAUGAACAUGGUCACUUUCCCAAACAAAUCCUUCCAGAGAGUCAAAGUUGGAAGGGUGGAUGCCAAGUUUCAGGAAGGAAAAGAGUUCAUCAUUGAUGCAGACAUAAUUGUGUGGCACAGGAGUUUUAAACAGCUGAUGCCUGUCUCUGUUUGCAGUGACUCCUGCCGUCCUGGUUAUCAGAAGAAAAAGAAGGAAGGAGUGAAGUUUUGCUGCUACAGUUGCGCCCUGUGUCCAGAAGGAAAGAUUUCCACCCAGAAGGACAUGGAUGACUGUUCCAAAUGCCCAGAAGAUCAGUAUGCAAGCAAGGACAGAGAUCGGUGCAUCCCAAAACUGACAGUCUUUAUGUCUUAUGAAGAACCCCUAGGGAUCAGUUUAGCCUUGGUUGCUAUUUCUUUUUCCUUCAUCACAGCUGUGGUGUUAGGAACUUUUAUUAAGCACAAAGACACUCCCAUAGUCAAAGCCAACAACCGGGACCUCACCUAUUCUCUCCUUGUCUCUCUCCUGCUCUGCUUCCUCUCAUCUUUACUUUUUAUAGGAAGACCUCAGAAGCUGACUUGCUGCCUCCGACAAACUUCCUUUGGAAUCAUCUUCUCUGUAGCAGUUUCAUGUGUAUUGGCGAAAACCAUCACUGUGGUUGUAGCUUUCAUGGCCACCAAACCAGGGUCCAGCAUGAGGAAGUGGGUGGGGAAAACAUUGGCCAACUCCAUUGUCCUUUUCUGCUCUUGGAUUCAAGCAGGCAUCUGUGUAGUGUGGCUAGCAACCUCUCCCCCACUCCCCAAUUCGGACAUGCAGUCAGUACCUACACAGAUCAUAUCGGAAUGUAAUGAAGGGUCUGUAAUCAUGUUUUAUCUUGUUCUGGGCUACAUGGGCCUUCUGGCCAUCAUCAGCUUCACCGUGGCUUUCCUGGCAAGGAAGUUGCCAGACAGUUUCAAUGAAACCAAGUUUAUCACCUUCAGCAUGCUGAUUUUUUGCAGUGUUUGGUUGUCAUUUGUUCCAAGCUACCUAAGCACCAAGGGGAAAUACAUGGUGGCUGUGGAGAUCUUCUCCAUCUUAGCUUCUAGUGCUGGGUUAUUGGGCUGCAUCUUUGCUCCUAAAUGCUUCAUCAUUGUCCUGAGACCUGACUUGAACAACAGGAAGCAACUAAUAAGGAAAAAGCUCAGCUUUUAAUCAACUCCAUCUGAUAUCAUAGAAUUAAAGAAUAUUACAUUCCUGUUUUGUGUAUAUGUUAUGUGAGCAGAGUUUGUGGCCUACUCAGGCUGGGACUCAGCUCUCAAUAU